AUGGUUGUCAAAGCCAGUGAAAUUUCUCAAUCAAUAGGUCCUGGGAAGGACUUUGACCCAGUGCCAUCUGAUAAAGGUCAGAAUAAAGAGAAAGAUCAGAGGCUCGAUGUGAUUUAUGACGAUGAGCCUUUGGGUUUCGAGAAGGAUCCGCUAGCAACAAACAUCAAGAUGUUGGCUCAGGAUCCCCUUGAAGAAGUAGACUUAGGAGAGGGGAGAGCUGGUCGAAUUGAAACUGUCGAUCAAGCCUGGGAAGAAGCAUGUGAAAUAGAACCCAAGACGAUUUGCUCCAUCAAUACUGUCGAAGAUCAAGGAGGAAUGGAGGAAAUAUUAGUCGAUUUUGCUGCAGGCUAUGAAUAUUUAAGCAUGCUUGAUGGGUAUUUUGGGUAUAAUCAAAUAUUUAUUACUGAAGAGGAUAUCCCGAAAACAGCAUUUUGUUGCCGCGGAGCCUUAGGCAUCGACGAAUGGGCUGGGGAUUUCCUAGGUUUUGUGGUCCAUAAAAAGGCGAUCGAAAUAAACCAGAAUAAGACCAAGGUCAUCAUGGAAGUGAAAGCUCCAUCGACGAAGAAAGGUUUGCAGUCACUCCUGGGCAACAUCAAUUUCCUAAGGAGAUUCAUCUCAAACCUUAGUGGGAAGACGCAAGCAUUCUCGCCUUUGAUUCGACUCAAUAAGGAAGUGUUUGAAUGGACGUUGGCUCAACAAGAAGCAUUCGAUAAGAUUAAAGCAUACUUGAGCCAUCCACCAAUCUUAACACCACCUUGCAGAAAUAAAAGUAUGAGAUUGUAUAUAUCUGCAUCUGACAAAACCUUAGGGAGCAUGUUAGCCCAGGAGGAUGAUAAUGGUAUCGAAAGAGACAUUUACUACCUCAAUAGAGUUUUAAAUGAUGUAGAAACUAGUCGAAUUGGGAAAUGGGCGUUAGCAUUAACUGAAUUUUCUUUAACAUACAUGCCAUUAAGAGCUGUUAAAGGGCAAGUGGUAGCAGACUUCAUAGUCGACCAUUCCAUUGACGCAAACGCAUUGAAAUAUGUCGAAUUGGGACCAUGGAAGUUAUACUUCGAUGGGUCUAGUCAUAAAGAUGGCACGGGCGUCAGGGUCGUAAUUAUUUCUCCUAACAAAAUUCCAACAAAAUUCCAGUAUAAAGUAGAAGGUACUUGCUCAAACAAUGAGGCUGAAUACGAAGCCCUCAUAGCAGGACUUGAAAUGUUGUUGGAAUUGGGGACAACUCGAGUUGAGAUAAUGGGAGACUCGGAGUUGGUCAUAAAACAAAUCACAAAGGAAUAUAGAUGUGUUAAGGAGAAUUUGAUCAUGUAUUUCAUAAUCGCUAGUCUACUGUUAAAAAGGUUCGAAAUGGUUUAUAUUCGACACAUACCUCGACUAGAAAACCAAGUGGCUAACGAUUUAGCUCAGAUUGCAUUCGGGUAUAAAAUUGCAAAGGAAAAGUUGCACAAAGUCAUUGAAGUCAGGGGAAAGGUCGUGGCAACCAGAUUAAUGCCCCUAGAUUUAGAAAAGACGAAGCUAGGAUAUACUGGUGAAGGAAAUUUCGAAAUAUUGGCAAUAGACAAUUUGACGGAUGAAGACUGGAGGAAGCCAAUAGUGGUGUAUCUGCAGAAUCUAACGGUGUCUACUGAUCGAAAAACCAGGUAUGGAGUAUUGAGUUAUGUUCUUUUGGGUACGGAGUUGUUUAAGAAAUCUCCUGAGGGAAUUUUGCUUAAGUGCCUUUGUGAGUCAGAGGCGUAUUUUGCCCUUUCGACUGUGCAUCGUGGAGCGUGUGGGGCACACCAAAUCGGUCAUAAGAUGAAAUGGCGCUUAUUUCACCGAGGGAUGUAUUGGCCUACCAUGUUGAAAGACUGUAUUGAAUUUGCAAAGGGUUACCAAGAAUGUCAGAUGCAUGCAGGCAUACAGCACGUCCCUGCAAGUGAAUAA